GUCCUGCUGUGGGAAAGUCUGCCAUCCAGACUAGAUCUGAGCUCACCGCCUGGGUCGCAGUUAUGCUGUCCAGGAAUCUGCUGCUCUUCCUUGGUGUGCUGUUGCUGCUUUCCCUAGCCGACGGAGGGGUCCAGCGAAGGCAGAGAUAUGAAGCACCAGUUCACACUGAGAUCAAGGAGUGUGAGGGGAAGCCCAAACGGUAUCUGUGCAGCCGCCAUUGUGAAGCCCACCAAGACUGCCAAGCAAAUAACAUCUGCUGCUCCGCUGCAUGUGGCAAUGUUUGCGUGAACCUGUUGGAUAAAGACGUAUGGGAGAUGCCUGUCACCCCUCCCUCUGACUAUGUCUACCCAGAGAGUGGGUCCCCGCCCAGCUUUGAAGGAGAUAUGAUUCUGCCUGGAAUUACCUUGUCAUCUCUCACCACUGCUGUUACUAAAUAAACAAGCACCUGCCUCCUUCAUA